AUGGCAACGGUUGCCCAGUUAAAAUUUGAUAAUUCAUUUUGGUCUCCCAACGGUUAUGGAGUUGGGGUUAAUAUUUUAUAUAAUAAACUUGAGCAAGGUCGUGUAGAAAAUGAAGAAAUUGUUGAUUUUUUAAGGGAGAGGAUUAGAAUAGAAGAAUUAUAUGGAAAACAAUUAUUUGAUUUAUCCAGGAUGGAAAGUUACGAGGAUGGGUUCUUACGUGAUGAAGGUGCUACUCUACGACGUGCAUUUGAUAACAUUAAGAAUGAAUGUGAGCAAUUAGGGAGAGCUCAUUUACAACUUGCUAGUAGCAUGUACGAAAUGGUUCUUAUGCCUCUGAUUAAAUAUGGUGAUAUACAUAGUAAACGUCUUAAAGCAAGUCGGGAUGAAAUAUCAAGUUAUCUAAAAAUAUUUAACAAAUUGGCUAAUGAUGUAGACAAAUUGCGAAAUAAUUAUGAGUCAAAAUGUCAAUUUGCUGACGAAAUGGAAGAAACAUCUAUUCGUGGGGUGGAACAAACUGACUCAUCACCUGUCGUUAUUGGUGGUUUGGCUUUCUCUGAAAAUGAUCUAAGAAAUUAUCUUGCACGAAUGCGUGAAGAGAUUCCUUCUCAACAAGUUAAAAUUCCCAUUUUGGGUGUUUAUAAUGAUGCAUAUAGUGGUAAAGAUAUUGCUAAAUGGUUGAAAACAAAUUAUGCUGGUGCACGCAGAUGGAGGGAUAUUGAAAUUAUUGGCCAAGAACUAAUUGACCAAGGGUUCAUUAAACUCGUUGGUGUGAUUGGUAAUACAUUUUCUACAAGUCCUGGAAGUUUUUAUCAGUUUAAGAAAAAAUCUUAUGAUACCAAAGAAAAUGAUGAAAUUUCCACUCUUGGGUCAACUUUGGGUGGUAUUGUUUCAACGAUCACUCCGAGCCAACCUUCAGAAAAAGAUGCACGAAAAGACGCUCAUGAGUCGGAUGAUGCAUAUCAUGAUGAAUAUAUUACAGCUUUAUCACAAACUCUAGGUUUAAUUUUAUUGAGACCACAGACUGAAGCACCUAAAUUUCUUCACGAUAAACAUCCUCAACGAUUGGUUAAAGACCUUAUAGUUCAUUAUGAAAAAAUUUUCAAAGAUUCAAACAAUAAAUCUAUUAGACGUUCAGGAAAAAGUUCAGGUACAAUCACAGCUAAUGGAGUUAGAGAUAGCAUAUCUUCAGUACCCUCAAGUCGUAGAGAGAGCACAUCGACUGUUGUUCCAACUAGGUCGAAUGGAAAUUCAGUGAUCUCAAUUUUAGAAAAAUCAAUUCAAGAAGUUAACGAUAAAUUAAAUUCGUCCGCAAAAGAAAACAUAACAAAGGAAAUCAUAUCUCAAGAUAUUCCUAACGAAUCCAUAAAUCGUAACGAUGAAUCUCAUAUAACAUCUCAUACCAAUUUGGAAUCAGAAACACCCAUGCCAUUAUCACGUGCUAAUUUAGCGAAGCUUGACACGUCUAUGAACAAUGAUACGACUGUUUAUAGUUCCAAUAUUUCAGAAACUCCUGUAUCAGUAUCACCAAAUGAUAUGUCUAACUAUAGUCAAAACGAUUUGACUGAUCCGAAUAAUCCAGUGGCAGCUCGUCCUAUUAUAGGACCUCGCUCAAGUUCAAGGGAAGAAGAAAAGUUAUCAGAUUCAGAAGAUUCACCUGUUCACCCAACUUCCCCUCAAUCACUUGUUCGAUCUAAUUCUCGAUCUAAUUCUCGACCUAAUUCUCGACCUAAUUCUCGACCUAAUUCUCGACCGAGUUCAGGACAAUAUUUUUUACAAAGACAAAUAUUUGCCGCUGAUGAUGAUAUGCACCAAAUUCCUAUUGGUUCAAACGCUAAGGCAACUGAGGUGUUUGUUCUUGACCAACAAGAUAAUUUCGAUGACCUUGGGGAAAUAUAUGGAUUAGUCUUCCUUUUUAAGAUGAUAGGCGAUGUGUCAGGUGAUGUAAAAGGUUUGCAUAGAGAUGUCAAGUAUGAGCCUAUCAAUGAACUUCCAAAGAAUGUUGUGGAAAACGCAUGCGCAACAUUGGCGGUGUUGAACAUCGUAUUGAAUUGUCCACGAUUGGAAAUCGGUCAAGAACUAAAGGAAUUUAAAGAAUUCUCGUGGGAGCUUCCACCAGCUGAAGCAUUAGUCGUUGAAGAAGCGGUGACCACGAAAAAGGGAAGGGGAAAGAAAAUAAUUGAUGAGGCCGUCGGUGAAGCAUAUCAUUAUAUUGCCUAUGUUCCUGUAGAUGGAGAGGCAUGGCAGUUAGAUGGUUUAUUCCCGCACCCUGUUAGUUUAGAAUAUGUUCUUCUAGCUAUAACUAAAGAUGAAUUAGGUAUCCAUCAAGACAAAAUCAAAGAUUGUAUGUACAUCAAAAAACUUGCAGAAGAUAAAUUAGAUAAGCUCAAUUGUUCUUGGAAAGAAAAUGAUAUUAAGGAUAUCGAUUUGUCUUUCACCGGUGAUGAUGAAACAAGUGUCAUAAAUAGAGGAAAUUAUGUUACCGACUUCGAAAAUUUAACGUCGUUUUAUGAUGAUGUUGAAAAGAUCAAAGAAUUACGAACAAAGAUGAUUAAUACAAUUCAAUCUUUGCUUGAAGAAAUUGAGAUAGAAAAAAGGCGGAAAGAAGUUGCGAAAGAACGAAGAACAUUUGACUAUGGUCCAUUUUUCCGUGAGUUUAUUUCAAUUCUCCACGAGCGAGGCGAGUUAAAAAGAUUACUUAAUGCAGCAGAGGAUAUGGACGAGAGAGAUGAAUAUGUAUAA